UUAAAAAUUGGACAUUGAUUUAUUUAAAGAAAAGCUUAAUGAUGCUGAUUAUAAAUUGUAACAUUUUGUGAUGAAAAUAACUAAAUACUUUUUUGCAAAGAGGAAAUGGAAAAAAGUAUUUUAGUUGCAUUUCAUAAAAUCAGUGCUUGAAGUGUAAUAUUGCAUUAGGAGAAUUCUAAUUAGGAGAUUGAUUUGUAUUCUGUGGAAGAAAAUUUUCAUUUGGAGUAAUUGCACUGUAUAUGACAAAGAUGCGAGAAUUAUAUGAAUAUUCGAAAAUUGUUGAGCUAAUGGAGGAGUAUAAACCAGCCAAGUUGAAGCCAGCGGCUGUUCGUCAAUCUGUGCGAUAUAAACCAAUUAAGGAUCGAGUCACGAUACCAAAGUCGCCAUCAGUUAAGGAAUUCUCAGAAGCUGUCUCCAACGAUGUCUUUCGGCAAGCCGCGUCAAAGGCCAUCGUGGUCGAUAUGUCAUCGCUUGAAAUAUACAGAAAUGACUUGACCAAAAAAGUGAAAAUGUUGGACGUAAAACUAUCAUUUUCGCACCAAGAAGAUUUCCAAACUCAUACUGUGAGAUUAGAAAAGCAGCUGGUUCGGCAUGGGAACAAAUGGACUUGGGUUAAUGUGGACGGCAGUAAAACUGUCGUGUCUUUCCCGUACCUACCCGGAGACCGUGUCAAUCUUAAUGUAGGUAUAUUUAUUCACAAAACAAAGAAACAUGGAAUAUUUGGUAAAGACACAAUAACCACUCAAGCAGGUACGGCUGCAGAUUGUAUUGUGCUUGCGAGAGACAAUGGAGUUGGGCUGGGUCUCCAACUCGGAGUCCCAAUUACGCAAAAUAUCAAGUUAAACUUUGAUAUAAAUGGUAGGGGACAUAAAUUGACAAUGAAACUAAAACUAGACUUAAAAAAGGAAUCCAAAGGAACGCCAAUGAUGUGGUUACGACCCAAGUCUUCAAAUAAACGUUUCCGAAGCCUCAAGUCUGCAUUUGAUCUCCUUCUAGAAUUACCUCCGAAAGACAAAGACGAGGACGGUAGAGUGAAGAUGUUUGUUUAUAAUAACCAAAGAUUAGUGAAUUACCAGCGAUCCCCUGUGUUGGAAUGUCGGUCAGUACGUCCAGCGAGCAGUGAAACAGAAAUUCCCACUGGCAUCGAGUUGCGCCAAGUCAACAGCGGGCAACUCUUAGCUUAUUUAGUCCCAGUUGUGAAAACAGUUGAUAGAGAGAGUUACAGAUACAGACUGGCUAUUCUAGUUGUCACAGCAGAAGGUCCACAUUGUCUUUGCUCAGCCAAAUGGAAAACCUCAGACAAAUUUGACUACAAGAUUCACAUGUUCAAGAAUGGGGAGACGUUUGGCCAGAGAAUUAAAUGGUCCUCGAAAGAUUUUGUGGACAUAAGCUAUGCUAUACUCAAUAGCACUGGACAUCAAAUUGUACUCAACGCUGAUUCAGAAUCUGUUAUAGAGGACAUUUGUAUAGGACUGUCACUCAAACAGCUGGUAAGAUGGAGCAGCGAACCGUUACCGUGGCGACUAAGUGACCGCGUUCCAAUGAUAGACUGUCAGAAAUAUCUCAGCAAUAAAUACAGUAGUCAAGGAAACAAAAUAUCUGACUUUUCAGGACGUGAUAUUCAAGUCCAUAUGGAGGCUCUACCGCAAUUUCUCGAGACUCAAGAACUCAUGAUUUUCACAGACGUCGAAGAAUUUAUUACAGAGGAUGAGAUAGACGGAGUAAAUAAAAUUGAACUUACACGUACAGGAAGUAACAGUAGCUGUGAUAAAGACAGUAAUCCAAAACGUCGCGGAGAGUUGAACAUCGAGGAUCCAGACGACCUUGAGGAUGACGUUGAAACAACAACAGCAAGUUCUCGCUACAGGUUUGACGGAGAUUGGGACAAUCUGACAAGUUCAGGUUUUAUCGAUGACAGAUCGGAAUAUACUGGAGGGGGUUCAUGGGUCGACUCUGUGUUAUAGUCAUAAUAUACAAAAGAAACUUCAAAACGACAUGAGUGGCAAAGUUGCAUUCAUUGUGUGCCUGUUGAACCAGGAAUAGUAGGUCCAAGCCCUGUUGAGGCCAUUUUCCAUUUGCCUGAUAUAUCACUAGUGCUUGCUCAUCCAGGAAAUAGACUUGACAAAAGUUAAAUAAGUAUAUGACUUUAUAUGUCAUGUGCUUUUAUUCACAAUUCUGCUGAAAUAAUUGUGCUUAAAGAAAGAAGCUAACUAUAACCAGCUGCAUUUAUCCAAUGUAAAUUUCUUGGAAAAAGGAUGUAAAAAAAUGAAAAAUACUUCAAUCAUCAGUAAAAAGUAAUAAAAAAGUGUGUUUACUCAGUUAGUGCUUUAAUAAAACAUGCUAGAAAUCUGCUUAAAUGGAUGACUUACUUAAUACUCUAUGAAUCUCUCAAGGCAUGACAAUAGUGUGCAUGUGAUUGGGAAAUGAAUACUGUUUGCUUUACUCAGUUACUGGAGAUUAAACAGUUGCCAUUUUAAUAUAUUUACCGUAUAUUUGGUGUCGGAGAUUCCCCGGAAAAGUGGUGGAUAGGUUAAAUGCAUGGGAUUAUAAUUAUAAUGACAUAGAAUUGCCUUUGUGUAAUUUAGCACAUAUUAGAAAUACUCCUGAGUGGUGUAAAAGUCAGUGCUUAGAAAUUAAAAAUGCCCAUAGUUUAUGUAGAAUUCUGCUGAAUGUUUUGUAGAAGAAAAUGUUAUGAUGAUUUUAAAGCUACAGUAUACAUUAUUUAUAGAUUUUUUAAAAAAAAAAUCGAGACAUGUCUAUGAUUAAAAAAAAGCAACCCACCUACAACAAAGGGGUUUAGUUUAUGGUUCUUUGAGUACAUAUGAUAACAGUAUUGCAUGGCAAUUUAGAAUUGUUUUAAGCUUAUGAUACCAGAUUGAUUUAAAUCACACUCCUUGACUGUUAUCUUAAAAUGUAAUAAAAUCUUAAUAUAUACUUUUAACGUACAUGUAGAUUAUUGUAGAUGUAAAUGUAUAUAUGAUUUAAGCAUACUCUUUAAAGUUUUUUUUUUGUUCUUGUUUGUACAAAAUUAGAAUUCUUCGAAUUUAACAUGUUUUUUUCCCCAAACAUCAACUAUUUCGGGAAUUUUGAGAAUAACAGAAGCUAUGUAAUGUAAAGUAGAAAAGAAAAUGACAGUUUAUUUUUUGAAUACACUAUAAAAAAAAUUUUUUUAGAGCACAGAAACUGUAACAUUAGAAAAUCUGUUUUCCGUUUGUUGUUGGGUUUUUUGUUGCUUUUUAGGAGGAAAAAUUCAAAAUGCUACCAAUUAGGAAUUGUCAAUUCAAAAUUAUGAAAAAGCACACAUUUUUACUGUGGGCAUGACACCAUUUACUGAAGUUAAUUAAUGUUAAGAGGAAAAACGUCUAUAUCAUGAAUUUAAGAAUUUAUUAUAAUGGUUCAGACGAAAGUUUUAAUACAUGUACAGCAUUAUCAAACAGCAAAGUUUUAUAGUUAUUGAUUUUUGAGAAAUUUUCUUUUGUCAAUACAUGACUAUAGUAUGCAAUAUUUACCAGUUUUUGAAAUGUUUGUGAUACAUGUAUUUGGUAAAUUUAGUGAAAGAUUCAUUUUAUGUCACUUCUUUUGUUAACAUUAUACAAGAAAUUUUGCUAGCCACUUUUUAAAUACAAUACUUUAUGUACACAAAGGUUGUGUAUAUUUAACUUGUUUUGAAGUUGAAUUAGGUUAAGGAAUUUUUGAUACAAAUUUGUUGAUUAUUUCAUCUGUAACCAAUCAUAAAGUUUACAAGGCAAAUGUAUUAACAUUUUGAUUGAAUGCAAGAUUGUAAUCUAGCACUUCUAAGGUAUUAAAUCAACAUUGAACUUUUCACACAUGAGUUGGUGAACUUUUAUACGUUUAAAUGAAGAGAUGCCUAAAAUAGGGGAGAAAAAAUCAUUCAUGCGAAGCCAGUGCUGUAUGCAAUUAUAUGUGAGCAUUUGACAUGUAUUGUUUGAAAUAAUGACUACAAUGUAUUAAUAAUAAUGCAUGGUUGGACUUUAUUGAGCCUUUCUUUAAUAUAUAAGAACUUGGAAAGAUGCCAAUUCUAAAGCAGCAUACCUCAAGAUCUUUUUUUAAAUUUUUAUAAAAAUUUUGAAAAUAUUUAGUAGUAAUAAUGUUGUCCAAUGAACAAAACAAGUUCAUUUAAGCUAGCAUAUUAAGGCGCUUAAAAUCUACACAAUGAGGGUUGAUGAACUUGAUCGCAAAACUGUUGUAAGUCCUUCUUUAUUUCAUAAAAGUUACUGCCGUUUUGCAGUCAACCCUCGAAAAAAGUCAAAAUGUUCACAAAUGAUACUUGCACUGCAUGCAACAUAGUAGAGAUAUGGAUAUUGUAAAAUAUAAUAAAUUUUUAUCUGAUUUACUCAUAGCAUGUAAAGUUUGUCACCAGAAUCUUUCAAAUAUGGAAAGCCCCUGAUGUACAUCAUCAGUUGUGAAUAUUUAUUUUUAUUUAUACAUCUUAAAAACUCUUGUCAGAUGCAUGUUGUAGUUGGGAAGCAAGAGAAACGUAGGUUUAUAGUCAAAUUUGAAUGUACAAUCAUGUAUAAAAAAAAAAAAUCUGGCCAGUUUUAAAAUAUUGAAUUUUUAUAUUUUGAUUAAUUUUAUUGUGAGGAAAUAUCUUUCAAUAUAAUUUCUUUUAAGAAUGAAUGUUUUUAUUUUUAUACAACCAGAUACGUUUUGCCUUGAUGUAUGAUGUAAACAUUUUGUAGAUAUUUUAUAAUUGCAAAAUAAAAUAAUUCACAAACACAUCUAGUAAACUUAUAAAAGCAAUAUAGUGUAGGGUUUAUCUUUGGUUUCACGAUUCAGAAUCUGGGUUUUGCACAUUUUUUUUAAUUUUUUACAUUUUGGUAGAAAACAUUGUGUCUAUUUCUAUACAUUCUCCACAAGUAGCUGAACUUGUUGAUGUGAAGAAGUGGAAAGAUAAAGGUAUUGGUGAAAAUAUUACAAGAUCAUCAUCACAGACCUGAGUUAAAGUCAUUACCUGUUUAUUUAUCAAGACUGAAUUGGUGUGGCAAACUUGUACUUAACCAUAAAGGUAAAACAGCUUGACUGUUUGUGAUUAAAAAUCACUACAAGCUGCUGCCAAGUACAAACUACCCAGUAAUAAUAAAAACAUUCUUCCAGUCACUUGAAGUUUUAUAUUUCCUUCACUUUUGUUUUCGUUGAAGGAUCUUCAGCUGGAUACAGUGCGGGCAGACCAUUUAAUUACACAUUUAGGUACUACCGGUAUGUCUUUGGUUAAUUUAAACUAAGAUUGCAUUAGUUGCCUUGGUUCCAUGCCCGACCAUAAUUAUUGCCAAAUUUUCUUUUUAUAAAUUUCAUAAAGUGUAUUAUGUAUAUACAUGUCAAAAAGAUGUGACUGAUUGUGGUAAAUUCCUAUCUUUGAAAAUACUUUAUUUAGUUUCUAGUUAAAGAAAUUCUAAUUAUUUUUUAAUGUAAUUCAAUGUAUCAGUAUUAAUAACUUAAAGGAACUCCACUGAGGUUCAAAAGCCUUAAGGAAAACCCGAAUUUGAAAUAAGAUACAUGUACAAUGUAAAGAUCAACUAGCAUAUCAAGGAACUUGGCAAAUUCUAUGAAAGUUUGCUCUUUGAGUUAUUGAUUGAUCCAGAUCUACAUUAAAUGAUGAAUAAAUCUCAGAAAAGAAUACAUUCAAUGGUUUAUAAAUCUCAGGAAAAAAAUAUUUUCAGUCCUAUCAUGGUAAAAAAAUCCUCAGUGGAGUCCCUUUAAAGAGAAUAUAAUAUUAUAUUGAAUCUUAAAGAUGAAACAAGAGGGUAUUUAUUUCAUCUUGGAGAUGAUAUAUUGCGUUUUCGUAUUCAUUUAUUGUCCAUUUUAUUUCAUCAUAGUUUUUAUUUUCUACCAUAUUUCUCAUAAAAUUCAUUUUUGUCUGGAGUCUCAUACACAAAAGACUGUUGAUGAAAAAUCCAUGUACUUUUCAUUGGUUGUGUCAUAAUUUAGUAUUCAUCAACCUUUUUUCACUUUGUAUUGUUUUAUACAAAUUGAAAUUUGCAUAAAUACUUAAUGUGCAGUAAUUUCAUCAAUUAUCUACAUAUAUAUAAUCAAUAAAUAACCAUUAUGCUGUGUUUUUUUUAAAGUGAUGGACAUAAGAAUUGCAAUGGGAAAUUGUAUUUCUAUUUAACUUUGUUUGCUUAAUAUUAUAUGCUUAUUUCAGUUCUGUUUUAAAUGUGAUUUUUUUUGUGUCUUAAACUGAAGGCUAUAUAAUUACACAUUUUUUUAUGUACUAUCUUUUACUUGCUAAAAUUUCUUAAAUGGAUAUGUCCAACUGCAAUUUUAUAUUAGUUAAAUUAUUUACCCUUUUACUGUCAACAGGAUUGGUACAAUUGUAUCCACCCCACUCUCAUAGAUGUACCCUUUAUACAUGUAUAUGUACACUUUGUAGAUGCACACUGCAUAGAUGUACACUUUGCAUUAUGUACACUUUGUGGAUGUACAUUGCAUAUAGAUGUACACUUUGGCUGGGUGCUAUAUUGGUGGCAAGUUUUUUUUCUCUCUAUCAGUUAUGGUUUUGGCAAUGUAAGGAAUCAUAAUGCAUAUAUAUGCACUGCUUGAAUAUUUCAGAUUGUCAAAAAAUCCUAAGAACAAUCACUUUUUAUCGUUGAUCAAGAAUUUUAAAAAUGUUUCAGUUUGCUUUGUUAUGCUUAAAAUCUUGUUUGAAACUAAAUUAUUCCAGACUUAUGUUGAAAAGUAUAUAAUUUAUUGCAUUUUUAUGACAAAAUAUUAAAUCUGCUCUGACCACUUAAGGAAGUCUAUAUAUGCAUGUUUUAAUAAAGUUAGCUAGAUUAUGUCAGAAAAGCUAGCAAAAGAAAAACUGUUAAUUGCUGUAUAUCUUAAAUAAUAAAAGCAAUCUGCUUGUAUAAUUAUCUUUUAGUUUAAACUUUGGUUUUUAUUUUAAAAAGUUGACAACUGCAAUUUAAUAUUAAAGAAUUGCAAUAGAACAAUGUAUAUAUACACCAUUUUUAUUAUACAUGGCAAUUUAAUAUUGUUUGUAGGGAAGGUUGCAAUAUUGAAAUAGAGGAAAUGUUUGCUAACGGUUGCAAACUUUUUUUCUGACUUUAACAAUAUUUCUUUCAAUUAUAUUGUCAGUUAACAAUACAUUAUGUAACAUAUUAUGCAGUAUAAAUUGUAAAUUGUUAUUUCUAACAUUUUAAAUGAAAACUAUUUUAUUCUGUGUAUAUAUAUAUUAUAAAUGUACUAUAUUUGUAUAAUAAAAGAUUUGAUGAGA